CAAAGUGGGGAAAUUGGAAUCCUUCAAUUUGGGUGAAGAUACUCGCACCCUAAGUAUAACCUCGUAUUCUGCCUGCUGAGCCUCAUCAUUACCCCGUUGCAGCCAACCACAACUCCUCCCUUUCACGGAUCGUCCCUUUUUAAGGUUCUGCUAAGAUGGAUUAGACUCUCAACACGACAGACAUCUGAGAUCGCAAGGCUUUGUGCCCAAGCCUGGCACCGUACUUAAUCGAUACCCUAGCCCGAGAGCAGGCCGCCCCUGUUUUCCCUCCAGAGCGCAGUCCGUUAAGCAGACGAUUCACCAUUCCUUACUUUUCAUAACGGGUUUUGGGAAAUGGCGCCGAGACGCGGUGGUAGUAGUUGGAGCUACGGCUCAUCCAGCUCUUCCAGCUCUUCCUCAUGCCGGAGUGGUGCGUUUUCUUCACAACACGCUCAAAUAAUCAUCGCGUUCCAUGGGCUCUUCUUCCUCGUCUUCAUCGCACUCUUUUGCAUCACGACCUUCAAGUUUUUGCGCAGCAAGCAGAAAAAAACAGCAUUGCAACGAUGGUUCCCGUUUGGCUUCUCGAUCGUCUUCAUGGUCCUCGGAGUAAUCAUAUCUAUAGUGACGUACGUCUUGCUGCAAUGCGACAUCUCCUCAAUCAACGUGUAUAGCCAAGUCAACAUUGCGGCACAAUGGUUCAGCAUGGUGGCAACCUUCUUGCUCAUUGCCCUGAUCAUGAUCCCGAUUUGCACGCGCCUGGUUCAGGGCAGCCCAAAGAUUGCAAAAGCGGUUACCACCGUCCAUUCACUCUACGUCGCUAUGCUUGCGAUAGUCCUUCUCUGCGAUCUGUCCAUUUACACCCGCGUGAUCGACGCCACGAGACGGGGUGGUUUCAAUUCCAGUGACCUAGAGCUACCGGAGCAUCAAAAGCGACUAGCGACCGCCUAUCACGUCCUUUCGGUGAUUGGGAUGCUCAUGGCGUCUGCGAAUAUGCUCUUCGCGCUCGCUCGUGGCCAUCAUUUGAGGAAAGGGGUAUGUUCUUUGCUGUGCUAUUCUCUGCCGCACACCGGUCGCUGACAGAGUAUAGAUAUUACUCCCUGCAAUCCCGCUAUUGAUCGUGUCUUCAUUGGGAAUGACUAUCCUCGAUCUCGCCCACCAUAUUAUCACCCGUUACCUGCAAGAGG